AUGGCCACCGAGUUGACCGUCCAGUCGGAGCGCGCUUUCCAGAAGCAGCCUCACAUCUUCCUUAACACCAAGGCCAAGGCUUCCUCCAAGAAGUCUGCCCAGGGCCGCCGCUGGUACAAGGAUGUCGGUCUCGGUUUCCGUACCCCCAAGGCCGCCAUUGAGGGUACUUACAUCGACCACAAGUGCCCCUUCACCGGUACCGUGAGCAUUCGCGGUCGUGUCCUCACCGGAAAGGUCGUCUCCACCAAGAUGCACCGUACCCUUGUCAUCCGCCGUGAAUACCUUCACUACGUCCCCAAGUACAACCGUUACGAGAGACGCCACAAGAACCUCUCUGCCCACGUCUCCCCCGCUUUCCGUGUUGAGGAGGGUGACACCGUCACUGUUGGCCAGUGCCGUCCCCUCUCCAAGACUGUACGUUCAUCCAAGAUUUGCCGCUCUAUGGCUCGAUCGCCAAAGGCACCAGUUUGA